CUCCCCCACCUCCAAGCACAUUUCCACUUUCCACUCGCUUCUGUUUCCGGGUCGACACCCCACAGUUAUUCCGGUCUUGGGUACUAGGGCUGGAGCGCCCUCCCCGCCCCACACCGUUGCCAUGGUAGCCGGCGACCUAGGGCUGUGGAAGUUAACCGGUAAAGUAGGGUCGGUGUCCCUCGCCUGGCUGGGGCUGCGCGGAGCCGGGCCAGUGGGAUUACGGAAUGGGCUGAGGAGGCGGCGGCUGCCGGAACAAAGUCGACAGCCGGCGAGGGGCGCUACACCGGUCCGGGAUUCCGGGAGGCGGGUUUGAGGAGUGGGCGGGAAGGAGGCUUUGCUAGGACCCGUGGCAUGUUGUGUGGGCGACUGCACUAGUGCGGGAAUCUCUAAUUUGCCCCUAGCAGGAAGUGUGGGGACCCCGCGCUUGACACAUGGUGACAAGUAGUGAGGGAAUCUCAAAGUUAAUGGGAAUGACCGAGAAAACGGUCAUUCUGGUGAGGAUUGAAGCCUCUCAAAGACACGUUGAUUGCCGAGGAGGCAUGAUUCCCAGAGGCACACGGGCUUUGUGGAAAAGAUUACUAUUCCGUUUCCGAUUUGAAAGUGGGGGCUUACUGGGUCUAUACAUUAUCCAGCUUGAAUAAAUAAAAGUGUAAACGUUUAACAUUUUCCAUUUUCUUUCUUUAUUUCUAUGAAGAAGUAGAAACCAGGCUUUGAAAAUGGAGAUGUAUGAAACCCUUGGAAAAGCGGGAGAGGGAAGUUACGGAACAGUAAUGAAAUGUAAACAUAAGGAUACUGGGCAGAUAGUGGCCAUUAAGAUAUUCUAUGAGAAACCAGAAAAAUCUAUCAACAAAAGUGCAAUGAGAGAAAUAAAGUUUCUAAAGGUUUGCUUCUUUUGCCUUAAUUGCUGUCAAUUUCGUCAUGAAAACCUGGUCAGUCUGAUUGAAGUUUUUAGACAGAAAAAGAGAAUCCAUUUGGUAUUUGAAUUUAUUGACCACACAGUAUUAGAUGAAUUACAAUAUUAUUGUCAUGGACUAGAGCGUAAACGACUUAGAAAAUACCUCUUCCAGAUCCUUCGAGCAAUUGAAUAUCUUCACAAUAAUAAUAUUAUUCAUCGAGAUAUAAAACCUGAGAAUAUUUUAGUAUCACAGUCAGGAAUUACUAAGCUCUGUGAUUUUGGUUUUGCACGAACACUAACUCCUGGGGACAUUUAUACAGACUAUGUGGCCACACGCUGGUAUAGAGCUCCAGAACUAGUAUUAAAAGAUACUUCUUAUGGAAAGCCAGUGGAUAUCUGGGCUUUGGGCUGUACGAUCAUUGAGAUGGCCACUGGAAAUCCCUAUCUUCCUAGCAGUUCUGACUUAGAUUUACUUCAUAAAAUUAUUUUAAAAGUAGGCAAUUUGACACCUCACUUGCAGAAUAUCUUUACUAGGAGUCCUAUUUUUGCUGGGGUAGUCCUUCCUGAAGUUCAACACCCCCAAAGCUCAAGGAAAAAAUAUCCAAAACUUAAUGGAUUGCUGGCAGAUAUAGUUCAUGCUUGUUUACAAAUUGAUCCUGCUGAGAGGAUAUCCUCUACUGAUCUUUUGCAUCAUGAGUAUUUUACUAGAGAUGGAUUUAUUGAAAAAUUCUUGCCAGAACUGAGAGCUAAAUUAUUACAAGAAGCAAAAGUCAAUUCAUUCAUAAAACCCAAAGAGCAUUCUAAAGAAAAUGAACUUGUGAAAGAUGAAAAAAAAGCAAUUUAUGGCAAUACGUUCCUAAGUACUUCAGUUUUGGGAAAGGAAGUAGAAAAAGAGAAAAACCCCAAGGAGAUCAAGGUCAGAGUUAUUAAAGUUAAAGGAGGAAAAGGAGAUAUUGCAGAACUGAAAAAGAUGGAGUAUGAAGGUGGACAUGGUCAACAGGAUGCAACUGAAAAUUCUCACACUGUGUCUCAAGAUACAAAACCUAUAAUCAAUAAGCCAUCAAACCCCGUCAAUCCCAGCACUAACUCCAGUGGUAUGAAAGAAGAUCCACAUGCUGGAGGGUGUAUCAUGCCACCCAUCAAUCUAACUAGCACUAAUUUGAUGGCAGCAAGUCUCAAUUCAAAUAUCUCCCAUCCCAAUCCAAGAGCCAAAUGGAGAAGCAUAUAUUUAAUGAGCGAACAGGUCCAAGCCACCAAAUGUCAAGUGUUCCGGAACAAACAGAAGCUGAAUUUUUCCAGAUCUGACAGGAAAGUAUUCCAAUUACCUGAAUUGCCUUUCACAAUACAGUCAAAGGAGAGGAAAGGAAUGGAAGUUAAACAGAUAAAAGUGCUGAAAAUGGAGUCAAGGAAAAUAGAUUCAUCUAAAAUACCAGCUUUAUUUAAUCUGGGUCAAAACCAAGAAAAACAAGAGAAUACAGGAAAUGCACAGACUGAAAGGAAGAAGAACCUGCCAGAUGUAAAGUAGAAAACGCAGCAGCUGAAAAUUCAGGGAAUAUCAGAAUUACAAUAUGGUUUAAAGAGAAUGCUUUUUAUUAAUGUUACAUACACAAAAGUGUUGACCAGAGGAUCAUACAGAUUAAUGAAAAAUCCUAUAUAGUUAUGUGUAUAUUCACCUAAAUUUGAAAUUUAUAAAAUUUGAAUUACUUGUUGUCUUAACUUGAACAUUAAUUUAUAAAAAAUUGCCUGAACUGUAUAUUCUAAUAAAAUUGCAGUUUACAUUAAGUCAAAUAAUUUUAUUUGAACAUCUGUUAUUUCAGGCAUGUUUGAUUAGUGGUCAAUCUCAGCUUUGGCUCAGAGUUUUAUAAUUACAGAAGGGAGUUUCUAAAUACGUCAUAAAGUGAGAUCCCCAAUGUCUGAGAGCACCAAACAUUUGUGGGCAAACAAGUAUACUUGAUAAACAUGAAACAUGGGUUUGGUUCCACACUGUACGCUCUGAAACAGCAUUUACCCCACAGAUUGAGAAAUUGUUUAAAAAGAUGGAAACUAGAUAAAGCAAGGAAGCAAUUCUUUUGGCCUGACCAGCGUAUUUAUAAUUUAGUUCUUUACACAUAAUAUAAAGUUAACACAGUCAAGGUUUUAGCAGCAUAUAUUUACAUUCUUAUCUUUGAUUCUUACUAGCUUGGUUUCUAAUUUUAGGGUGGAGAUGGCCAUUGUGAGGGGAAGAAUUUGAAGAGGAACAGAUUUUUUUUCUGGUAGUGUCUUUUAAGUAAUGGUAAAAAUACAAACUGACAACUUCCUUUUUAAUGUUAUAUACAAUAGAAAUGUACCUUGAGCUGUUGCUAAGACAGCCAUCCAUCCAUCUGCAUUAGCCUCAUCCAAUUGUUUUUGUUUUGUUAGGAAAAUAUUCACUGUUUUCUUCUUUCUUCUAAGAACUCUGUUGUUGUGAUGCUUUGAUUUGGAAUUGUAAAGUCAUCUUCUCUCUGCCUGUUUUUUACUUGCCAUGAUUACUGAGUGGGUAACAUUCCCUGUUACAUGACACACAUUAUUUAUACUGAUCUCUACCCUCUUGAGAAUCACAGAACUUCAAAAGUCAAUUAUCUCCUAGAACUCUCCAGUUUCCUGAAAACAAAUUCUUAAUGAAAUAGCUAAUCCAUUAUUUUAUUUUUAGUAUUACAAUUGAGCUCUAGCCCUUUUUAUUUUUUAUUUUGAGACAAGUUCUCACUAAAUUGCUUAGGGCCUCAUUGAAUUGCUGAGGUUGACCUUGAACUUGUGUUCCUCUUGCCUCAGACUCCCAUUAUUUUAAAAGCUAAUCAUUACCAUUACAUGAUGAAAUAUGUCUUAUAUUGGUCAGCAAUAAAAAUAUAAUACUUAUAAAAUAUCUAAAGAUAAUAUGACUUUGAGAUUUAAUUCCUUUAUCAUUUUAAAUAAUUGGCUACACUCUUCCAGUUUCCUAGUUCCAUGU